AUUAGUUAGCACUUGAGAACGCAACUGGAAUAAGAUGCAAUUGCUUACACGCACUCUACUGAUCGCCGUCACUGUGCUGGGCGCCAGCGCCUGGCCCCGCAUGGUCGACGAGACGAGCCUGCUGCGCAUGGUCAUGACACAGCUGGGCGCCCCGCUGGCUGAGUCGCGCGCCAUAUCGCCCGCAGAGACCGCCUGCUUCAAUAGGUAUACCAAUGCCACCAACAAGAUCGGCUCGGAUUUGGCCAACAGCACCGCCAAAUGCGAGGAUAUCGCCAAUCGUACCGUCGUCGAAAACCAGCAAAGAAGCAAUGCCACCAUCAACAAAAUUCGCAGCCAGCAAUUGGAAUUGCAAAAGAAUUUGCAAAGGUGCUUGAAUGAGACUGACAGCCAGCGUUUCAUCAACUGCACCGUGUCGACUCUUGACAAGAACCUGGAGCUGCUGGAUAGCUGCAAUACUCUGGCUUAUCAGACCCAAUCGCAGUUUGUGUCCAAUGCCUCCGUGGUGGAGACACAGCGCUCGAGCUGCAUUAGUUCCGCGGUCAGCGAGUCCAAGGUGAAGUCCAUUGAGGCGGCCAACGAUUUCGAUAACUGCAUGGCCAAGGCGCCACAGCAGCGUGAGCUGCCCGCCAAGCUGGAGGAGCAAAAGCAGGAGCUGGCACAGGCACAGGCACAGGCACAGACACAGGUACAGGUACAGCCUCAGCAGCAGUUGGAGCAGCAGCCAGAGCAACAAGUGGAGCAGAAACCCGAACAGAAGCCCGAGCAGCAGAACGAGCAACCCGCGCAGGCCGCUCUGGCCGGUCAGCCCCUGGCCGCAAACGAACAGCCAGCAAACUAAAUGUGAGCUAUAGAAUUUAUGGCCGAAACUCAAGUUUUAUUGGCACACAAUAAAGAGCUUUAAUAUUCAAUAUAU